AUGGCAUACGCAUACUACUACGACCUGCCCCCACCAUUAGUGGACCAUCCCCACGAACGAAAACAUCAACAUGAGUCCGUGCUACAGUAUAUCGCGCACCGGCACCCGCGACCAGAAGACCACCCAAACCAGCCAGACGUGGACUUCCGCGACGCGAUCAAGGAGUAUCUAGUUGAGAUCGAAGUGCCUGGAACCAAAAAGCCCAGCGAUAUCACCGUCUCAUGGACCGGGCCCAGGUCACUGCUACUGACGGGCACCGCGUCGCGGCCCGAUUACGGCACCCCGACGAACACGGAGGUCGAGGAGGAAAAGGAAUCCCCGCACACAGGGGGCGUUCAUCUGCUGGUGGGCGAGAGGAGGAUCGGCCCUUUCAGGCGAUACAUCCAUUUCCCGACCGACGUGGAGAAUGUCAGCGUCACGCUCGAGGCUGGCUUGCUGAAGAUCCGCGCGCCCAAGAAGGGCUUCUCCGACGCUGAGGCCACGAAGGUCGAAGUCAAGCAUGAGGAGUGA